AUGGAAGUAGACACCGGGGCGGCGGUGUCGGUACUCCCGUUAGACCUGUACAAGACAAGGUUUCCCAAUCUAGUGAAGGGAAGAAGUGGAGUCGUCCUUCGAGCAUUUACCGGUAAAAAGGUGAAGCCGGUAGGAGAGGCACAGGUUGAAGUGGAGUACCAAGACCAGGUUCACAAGUUACCGCUGCAGAUUGUGGACCUCAAGGGUCCCCCGCUUUUGGGACGUGACUGGCUGGAGGUGCUGAGGCUCGACUGGACAAGCAUCAAGGCUGUCCAGUGCUUGGAGAAGGGGAGCAAGGAACAAGUCGACACGCUUUUGAAGGACUUUGCUCAGGUGUUCUCAGACGAUCUGGGCCGUCUUCAGGGGUUUGAAGCUCACCUCAAGCUGAAGAGUGGGCACACUCCAAAGUUCCUCAAGCCAAGACCAGUGCCCCACGCCCUGAAGGAAGCUGUCUCUAAAGAACUGAUGGCACUGAAGGAGGCGGGGAUCCUGACCCCGGUGGACAGCAGCGAGUUUGCAUCGCCCAUCGUGCCGGUCGUCAAAAAGAAUGGAGACAUAAGAAUCUGCGGCGACUACAAGUCAACAAUCAACCCGUGCUUGGAGGUCGACAACUAUCCGCUCCCCAGGAUAGAAGAGAUGUUUGCAACGCUGGCAGGAGGGAAGUUUUUCUCAAAGCUGGACCUGUCAAAAGCCUACCUACAGCUGGAGAUGCAUCCUGCAGCGCGGAAGUACCUCACCAUCAACACCCAGUUGGGGCUGUUCCAAGUGAACCGUCUUCCCUUCGGCAUAGCAUCUGCACCCUCCAUUUUUCAAAGAACUAUGGAUCAAGUGCUUCAAGGGCUGCCGCAGACCACCUGCUACCUGGACGACAUCCUGGUGACUGGCAGAACGAAGGAAAAUCCUAGGCCCAACGACCGGGAUCCCUACAAUGACAGCAGCGAGGCUCCAGAGGUGGGCCUGUCAGCUAGCCGCACACCGCUACACCAUCGUCCACCGGUCUUCCGAGGAAAAUGCCAAUGCAGACUGCUUGUCAAGACUCCCAAAAGCAACGGACAACCCCAACACAGACGCCGUCGACGAAACGUUCGCCUUCUACUGUGAGUACUUCGACAAUGUACCUCUUAGAUGUAAAGACAUUGCACGGGCGACGUCCAGAGACCCCCUCCUAAGUCAGAUCGUGGAAAGAGUAAAGCAUGGUUGGGGCCCAGAACGCAAGCCAACCGAUCCAGAGUAUGCACCCUUCCACGUACGCCGCAAUGAGCUGUCACUCCACCAAGGAUGCCUCAUGUGGGGUUUACGAGUGGUGAUUCCGAAGACCCUGCAGAAAAGGGUCCUAGAAGAACUUCAUGGGGACCAUUAUGGCAUCGUGCGCACUAAGGAAAUGGCUAGGAGCUAUGUUUGGUGGGCAUCCCUGGAU